CUGAAGGGGGCUGUUUGCGGGGCUUCCCCCCCUGCCCCAGACAGGCGAGAAGAGGCGUCCCCGGGGCUGUGUCCUGCCCGGCCCGGAGAGCCCUGCGGAGGGUGGCGGUGCGUUGCCGGGCACCUGCAGCAGCAAGCCGGGGGGUUCGCCCUGUGGGCAGAGGCGGGACGCGGGGCUGCCUGCAGGACAAUACACCCCGGCGGCUGGGCGCCCCGGGAGAGGCCAUUCCUCAGGGCGUUUGCGGUGCCCCCGGCGCCUUCCGCUACUAGGGGGCAGAGAGGACUCGGAGCUGCCGGGCGGCCGCCGCCUCUCGCCGAGCAUGGAGCGGAGUUACCUGCUGGAAAUCACCUCGCUACUCGCUGCCUUCUCCCUGCUGCAGCGCUCGAGCGCCGCCGCCGCCUCCUCCGCUGCUGCCGCCGCCGCCUCCUCGGCCAAGGAGCUGUCGUGCCAGGAGAUCACCGUGCCCCUGUGCAAAGGCAUCGGCUACAACUACACCUACAUGCCCAACCAGUUCAACCACGACACGCAGGACGAGGCGGGGCUGGAGGUGCACCAGUUCUGGCCGCUGGUGGAGAUCCAGUGCUCGGCCGACCUGCGCUUCUUCCUCUGCAGCAUGUACACUCCCAUCUGCCUGGAGGACUAUAAGAAGCCGCUGCCGCCCUGCCGCAGCGUCUGCGAGCGGGCCAAGGCCGGCUGCGCCCCGCUCAUGCGCCAGUACGGCUUCGCCUGGCCCGACAGGAUGCGCUGCGACCGCCUGCCGGAGCAGGGCAACCCGGACACGCUGUGCAUGGACUACAACCGCACCGACCUCACCACUGCCGCGCCGCCCCCGGCCAAGCCCCCGCACCGCGGCGGGAAGGCGGGUGGCGCUGCAAGGCCCCCCGCGGCCGCUGCGCCCCCGGCCGAGCUCCCCCGCAAGCCCCGGCCACCUCCUCCUUGCGAGCCAGGCUGCCAGUGCCGGGCGCCCAUGGUGUCGGUGUCCAGCGAGCGCCACCCGCUCUACAACCGGGUGAAGACGGGGCAGAUCGCCAACUGCGCGCUGCCCUGCCACAACCCCUACUUCAGCCCGGACGAGCGCGCCUUCACCGCCUUCUGGAUCGGCCUGUGGUCCGUGCUCUGCUUCCUCUCCACCUUCGCCACCGUCUCCACCUUCCUCAUCGACAUGGAGCGGUUCAAGUACCCGGAGCGGCCCAUCAUCUUCCUGGCCGCCUGCUACCUCUUCGUCUCGCUUGGCUACCUGGUGCGCCUGGUGGCCGGGCACGAGAAGGUGGCGUGCAGCGGCGGGGCAGGAGCCGGCGGAGCUGGGGCUGGAGCCGCUGGGGCCGGCGGGAGCGCCGCGGCGGGGGCCGCGGGCGGGCGGGGCGCGGCAGGGGGCGCGGCGGAGCUGCAGCCGGAGCUGGCGGUGGCCGAGCACGUGCGCUACGAGAGCACGGGCCCGGCGCUGUGCACCGUGGUCUUCCUGCUGGUGUACUUCUUCGGCAUGGCCAGCUCCAUCUGGUGGGUCAUCCUCUCGCUCACCUGGUUCCUGGCCGCCGGCAUGAAGUGGGGCAACGAAGCCAUCGCCGGCUACGCGCAGUACUUCCAUCUGGCCGCCUGGCUGCUGCCCAGCGUCAAGUCCAUCGCCGUCCUGGCCCUCAGCUCCGUGGACGGCGACCCCGUGGCCGGCAUCUGCUACGUGGGUAACCAGAGCCUGGAGAACCUACGGGGCUUCGUGCUGGCGCCGCUGCUCAUCUACCUGGCCAUCGGCUCCAUGUUCCUGCUGGCCGGCUUCGUCUCGCUCUUCCGCAUCCGCAGCGUGAUCAAGCAGCAGGGCGGCCCCACCAAGACGCACAAGCUGGAGAAGCUGAUGAUCCGCCUGGGGCUCUUCACCGUGCUCUACACGGUGCCGGCCGCCAGCGUGGUGGCCUGCCUCUUCUACGAGCAGCACAACCGGCCCCGCUGGGAGGCCACGCACAACUGCCCCUGCCUCCGCGACCAGCAGCCCGACCAGGCCCGCCGCCCCGACUACGCCGUCUUCAUGCUCAAGUACUUCAUGUGCCUCGUGGUGGGCAUCACCUCCGGCGUCUGGGUCUGGUCCGGGAAGACCCUGGAGUCCUGGAGGGCCCUCUGCACCCGUUGCUGCUGGGCGAGCAAGGGAGCCGCAGCCGCCGGGCCCACGGGAGCAGGGGGCGGGGGGCAGGUAGCUGCCGCGGCGGCGGCGGGACUGGCAGGGGGAGGAGGCGGCGGCGGUUCCAUGUACAGCGAUGUCAGCACUGGUUUAACGUGGAGAUCGGGCACCGCCAGCUCUGUGUCCUACCCCAAGCAGAUGCCCUUGUCUCAAGUGUGAGAGCUGGAGAGGCCAGUGGUAGGGGGGGCGCUGGCCUGUAUGAAAUGCUUCCUCACUGUUUGGUGCCAUUAAUGAACCCCUAAUGGUCCCCAUUAGCUACGGCUUGUGCAGAACAAUUCAGCCGGCAGAGGCCCCAAGCACCAGCCCCCCUCCUUCCCCGUCUCCAUUCAUAUGCAGGGAGCAUGUACUUCAAGGCGUCAGCUUAUUAGUGUGCUGGCAGAAAAGGAUGGAGGAGGCUCAGCAGUUUCUGCAGCGAGCAGGACAAGAAGUAGUUUCUGAUUCUCUCUCUGGACUUGCAGUAGAGCUCCCUUCAACGGAGGAGGUUGAUGGCCUGAUGGGACUGCAGGUUUUGGGUAUUCUUAACGACCAGGCAAAUGCCUUAAACACACACAUGUCUUAAUUAUACACCCAAAAUAAAUACGGGUUUUGCAGUAAACAAUGUAUUUAUAUAAUUAUUUGUUACUUUGUACAAAUAUGUAAGAUAUGUAUAUAUCCAAAGCUAUACAGUCUGUACAUUUUUUGUAAAAAGUUUAGAGGCUCCCCCUGUAAGAGCAAAUAUUUGAGUAUUCUAUUUUGUCAAUAAAAUGACUUUUGAUAAAUGAUU